AACCCAGUGAAAAUAUAAAUAACAGUGUUGGGGAUCCGAGGUAGGAAUAGUUGGGCGCGGGUAGAAGAUUCCAAACUUGCCGAUUCCAACGAGAAACGGCGUCCUCGUCCCUGAUCGCAGAGAGAGAGAGAGAGAGAUGGGUGUGCAGUGGCUUCUGGUGUGCCAUGGUUUGGUUACUCUACUCGUCUUAGUCUCCUUCCUCUGCGGCCAAUGGCCCAUCUUCGACGGCACCCCUAUCCAACGCAUCAAUCACUUCCUCCACUUCGGCAUCUGCGAUUACUUCCAGCGGUUCGUUGGGUUUGUGUUUGGUGCCAAGGGGACUAAUGCGAUUCAGUCCGUCGAGUAUUUCUGCUGUGAUCGGCCCAAUCCAAUUUUGCAGGUCUUAUAUCUUGCUAUUAUUGGAGGAACCUAUUACUUAGUUGCAACUUCUUCCUUCCGUUAUAUUCCUGGCUAUUAUAUAGGUGAAGUUCACAGGUACAUAAGCUUCUUCGCUGUUGGCGUCGGUGUUCUGCUGUUUCUAUUAACUAGCCUUUCCGAUCCAGGAACAGUGAAGUCUGAUAAUGUUUCAGUUUAUCUCUCUGCUUACCCGUAUGACAAUGUGAUAUAUUCUGAGAAAGAAUGUUCAACAUGCAAAAUUCUAAAACCUGCUAGGUCUAAGCAUUGCAGCAUAUGUGGUCGCUGUGUUGCUCGCUUUGACCAUCAUUGUGGAUGGAUGAAUAAUUGUAUAGGCGAGAGAAACAUCCAUUACUUUAUGGCUUUUCUUUUGUGGCACACUUUACUUUGCAUAUAUGGAGCAGUUGCCAUCGGGUUAAUUCUUGCUGGACAAGUUAAAGAAUUUAGAGUUAUUGAUAUUCUAACUGUUUAUUAUGGUGUACAGAAUUCAUUUGUUAGUUUAUCACCACAUGUUAUACAGUGGUUGGUAGGGGCAUACAACACUCAAAUACUACUGAUGAUGUUUCUUGCAAUAGUGGCAUUGUUAAUCGCGGGUUUCUUUGGUUACCAUGCAAAACUCUGUCUUACAAAUACUACUACUAAUGAGACUUUCAAGUGGCAAGACUAUAUAAACUGGCAGAGGAAGCUGAGUGAAGCAAGGGCGAGUUCUGCAGCACUCAAAGCAAGUAUAAAUGGCCUCACUAAUGAAAGAAAACCCCCAGAGAGCAAAUGGAGAACCAUAUUCCGAAGAUCUCCACUCGAAGAUGUCGAGGUUGUGGUUAAGAAUAACAUUUAUGAUAAAGGAUUCUUUCUGAAUGUUCUUGAGAUCAUCUUCCCCCUAUCGAGAAGAAGGUUGUAUGCAAACACCAAAUUAAAGUCCGGCUAAAGUGGGAUUGCUGUCCUAUCAAUGUUGUAUGCUUCCCUUCUUCAUGUUUCUUUGAGCAAUUGAGAAUGGCCUCAUAACAGUCUCUUGCUAUCACUCAUGCUUAAACGGCCAGCAACAUCGCGAGAGUGGGGUUGGAUUCAGCAAGAUGAGAUGCUUCUUCUGGUGUUUUAUAACAUUAUUGCAAUGUGCAUGUGGGCUGCAGCUGAUGACGAGUAGGUUCGUUCAAGGAUAGAAUCAAGCACAGGUAGAAUAGUCAUACAGUUUGUCAUCUUAGCAGUUGGCUUGGCUUCGUUGUAAAGCUGACCUUUUUGUUUUUCAUUUGUUGUUAUAGGAUAGUUACUUACAGAGUGGAAGAAUGCUCUAAUUGAUCCUCAGAUUCUAACUAAAGAAAUAGAUGUUUGUGUUACAAACUCGUAAAACAAAAAGGAUAUGUUAUGAUGGUAAAACCGUUUGGUAGGAGAGCAUGAAGAAGCUCAUUUAAAAAGUUGGGAGA